AUGUCAAGGAUUAAACCAUAUUACAAAGCGGGAUUUUUCUCGCUAUUUUGGCCAAGCUGGAUUAGGGCUGUUUCAGUCAAAAAUAUCAACAGCGCGUGGAAAUCUGUUGGUCUAAAUCCUUGGGAUCCGGAUGUUAAUUUAGCACGCUUCACCAGGAAACAGGGAACAAGAAGAAAGACCUUCUUCUACUUCUGGAGCAAGUUGUUUCCAAUGGUUUAUGACGUAAAAGUCCGGAAACUGCAUGAGACGAUAAUGCGUCUUUCCACAGAGAAUAUCCUUGUCAAAACAUGCUACACAGGCCUGGAAAAUGCUCUCCGGAAUGAGCAGAAGGAGGGGCAGCGUGGAAAGCCUUUACAGCUUCGUCUUCAAACACCAGAAGAUGGUAAUGAAAUCUUCUAUAGCCCUAAGAAGAUUCAACAAGCACGCAACCUUCAAUCUGAGAAUGAAGAGGCUGCACGGCUUGCUAAAGAAGCUAAAGAGGAGGAUAAGAUACGUCAGCAGCAGGAGAAGGAAGAAAAACAACGGUUGAUUGAGGAACGGAAGAGAAUAAGGGAUGCAGGAGGCAGAGGGAAAAGACGUCAGAAAGAAGAGGAGAAGGCCACAAAACAAGCCGCCAUACAGCCUCUAAAUGAUAUUGAACAGGUCGAUAAAGAUAAGAAGAAGUCUGCGGAGCCUGUCACAGCAAAGGAAAAUGUCGGUUUAGCCGGGUCCUGGAUCACGAAGCACGUGAUUGCGGCAAGGGCAGUCCGACAGCCCUACUAG